UCACACACACACACUAGCUGUGUGCGUGCGUGCGUGCGUGUGUCUAAAGCUCUUUGUUUGUUAUUCAUAACUAGUUUACUGUGAGAUGUGUCUGAUGAGCCAUUUGCCUGUUGAUGACCUCAGCGUUAGCGGUAAAUGAUGAGCAAUUAGCUACGACAGACGAACGGCAGGAUUUUGCGGUAAAAACGCGGUUUGAAAGGGAACGACGGCCGUGCGGCCUUUUCAAAGUCUCCGCCGUCCCUGUCCGGGUGAGCUGUGUUCUCUGUGUCGCUCAGGGCUACCAGGGCCUCGUCGAUGGAGGAGACAACAUCCGAGCGGCCAACUGGCAGAGCGUGUCCAACAUCAUCCAGCUGGGCGGCACCGUGAUCGGCAGCGCCCGCUGCCAGGCCUUCGCCGCUCGCCAGGGGCGCCUGGCGGCCGCGUUCAACCUGGUUCGGCGCGGAAUCACCAACCUGUGCGUGUGCGGCGGCGACGGCAGCCUGACCGGGGCGAACAUCUUCCGCAGCGAGUGGAGCGAUCUGCUCGCCCAGCUGGCGCAGGACGGAAGGAUCACGGACGAGGUGGCCCGGCAGAACGGACACCUCAACAUCGUGGGCGUCGUCGGCUCCAUCGACAACGACUUCUGCGGAACGGACAUGACCGUCGGCGCCGACUCUGCUCUGCACCGCAUCAUGGAGGUGAUCGACGCCAUCACCACCACGGCCCAAAGUCACCAGCGUACCUUUGUUCUGGAGGUCAUGGGGCGACACUGUGGCUACCUGGCUUUGGUCUCUGCGCUGGCGUCCGGAGCAGACUGGCUCUUCAUCCCAGAGGCUCCGCCGGAGGAGGGCUGGGAGGAGCACAUGUGCGCUCGGCUUGGAGAGAGUCGCAGCCGUGGAUCCCGGCUCAACAUCGUCAUCAUCGCGGAGGGAGCGAUCGACAAAAAAGGAAAGCCCAUUUCGUCCGGCUACGUGAAAGAACUCGUCUCCCGGAGGCUGGGCUACGACACUCGGGUCACUGUGCUCGGCCACGUGCAACGGGGAGGCACUCCCUCCGCUUUCGACAGGGUGCUGAGCAGCAAGAUGGGUGUCGAAGCUGUGCUGGCCCUGCUGGAGGCCACGCCCGACACUCCAGCCUGCGUCAUCGGCUUGUCGGGCAACCAGGCCACGCGCCUGCCGCUCAUGGAGUGCGUGCAGAUGACGAAGGAGGUGCAGAGGGCCAUGAACGAGAAGAGAUUUGAAGAAGCCAUUCAGCUCCGUGGGAAGAGCUUUGAGAACAACUGGAACACCUACAAGCUGCUGGCGUACCAGAAACCUGCCCAGUCCAAAAGCGACUUCUCCAUGGCGGUCCUGAACGUUGGCGCUCCGGCAGCAGGAAUGAACGCCGCUGUGAGGUCAGCUGUGAGAGUGGCUCUGGCUCAGGGCCACAAAGUCUACGCUGUGAGCGACGGCUUCGAGGGCCUGGCUGCGGGGGCGAUCAAAGAAGUUACCUGGCACGACGUUGCCGGGUGGACGGGUCAGGGCGGCUCUUUGCUCGGGACCAAACGAACUCUUCCUAGUACCUGCAUGCAGUCCAUCGUGGAAAACAUCAGCAAGUACAGCAUCCAGUCUCUGCUUGUUGUCGGGGGGUUCGAGGCGUACGAGGGGGUGCUGCAGCUCGCUGAGGCUCGCAGCCACUACGACGAACUCUGUAUGGUCAUGUGCGUGAUCCCAGCCACCAUCAGCAACAACGUCCCGGGCACAGAUUUCAGCCUGGGCGCCGACACGGCCGUCAACGCCGCCAUGGAGAGCUGUGACAAAAUCAAACAGUCGGCCUCAGGGACGAAGAGGCGGGUCUUUGUGGUGGAGACCAUGGGUGGCUACUGUGGCUACCUCGCCACCACCACAGGGAUUGCAGUGGGAGCAGAUGCAGCCUACAUCUUUGAGGAGCCCUUCACCAUCCAUGACCUCAAGACCAACGUGGAACAUCUUACCGAGAAAAUGAAGAUGGAUAUUCAGAGAGGCCUGGUGCUCAGGAACGAGAAGUCGCACACGCACUACACCACCGAGUUCAUCCACAGCCUCUACUCGGCCGAAGGGAAGGGCGUCUUCGACUGCAGGGUUAACGUGCUCGGACACCUGCAGCAGGGUGGAACUCCAACGCCAUUCGACCGGAAUUACGGUACCAAGCUCGGCGUGAAGGCAGUGCAGUGGAUCAGCGAGAAAAUGAAUGACACAUACAGACAAGGUCGCGUGUUUGCCAACUCUGCAGACACUGCCUGUGUGAUUGGCAUGACGAGGAAGGUGCUCACCUUCAGCCCGGUGACGGAGCUCAAGGCCAAGACUGACUUUGAACAUAGGAUGCCGAAAGAACAGUGGUGGUUGAACCUGCGGCUGAUGCUCAAGAUGCUCGCCAAGUACCAGACGAGCUUUGAAGAGUACGUCACUGGGGAGAUGGAGCACGUGACACGCAGGAGCCUAAGCAUCGAGACGGGAUUCUGAGGACACGGAUGAUUCCGGUUUGCUGCGUGCUACUUUCACCUGCCCAGUAGACCUGAAGCAGUCCUCUGCCAUCUUUAAAUGACCAAAGAACCAGUAUACUUUACAUUGUAGGGUCUAUGGCUGUCUUACAGUUGUGACCAAAGUAAUUAAUUUGCUAAUUUCAGGGAAAAACACUGAAUGCAUAACAUGUCGUGCUGGAGGAUUCCAGCAUCCUCACUAUUUUUUUUUUUUUUUUUUUUUUUCCUACCGAAACAGGGUUGUAUGCUACUUGGUUGCUCACCGAGUUAAAAGCUGGAAUAAAAUAGUGUAAUAGCAUCCAAGCUUUUCAAAUGUCACAUAUAAGUAGAACUUUUCUCCUGUGAAAGUGAGAUUUGUAGGUGUUUGUGCAACAGUGGUCUUGAAGAACAAACACCGUCAAUAGAGCAAACUGGUGAAAAUGGACUUCAACAAAGACAUCGGGUUCACAGCUGCUUUCAGGGAUGUUCUUGCCUGAUGCAGACGUCCUGCCUGCUCUGAGUGAUACACUUCUACCCGUCGACGCUCCUUUUAUUUCAAUGGCAUUGGGUUAAUGACUGAAUUCUCCAGUACUGUUAGUAUUUGCAACAAUCCAUCUCAAGUUGUGAUUUUUUUCCCCCCCAAAUAUUAUUUGGGGUUUUUUUUAUUUUGUGAAUUUUAUGAUUCUGAAAACUCUAAAAAUUUAUGCUGCAAACAUAAAUGCUAUUACCCCAGAAGUGUUAAACAUCCUUUAAUGUAAUCAGGCUUUUAAAGCCAGGGAAAAUGUGAUUUCUUUGUUUUCUAAUAAUGAAAUGGCUUUCUGGAAUAUGCAAUGUAUGUCUGUUCUGUAGUCUAAUUCAGUGUAAUGCUCUUGAGCCUGAAUGCUGACACAAAGUAUCUAGUAAGAAUGUUCUAUUGUUUUGUCACAAUUUAAAAUUAAAUUCAUUCCUCCAUUA